UUGCAUAAAAUGUUGGUUUAUAGUAAGUGCUUUGCCAGUUUCUGAUUCAUAUGUUAUUGGGAACAUAAAAGAUGUCACGUGCUAGCCACAGAUUGAUUUGUAGAAGAGUUUUGUUUGGGUGUUUGCUGUCUGAAAAGAGAAACUUUGUGAAGUCUAUUGCUGUAAAUUGGAAAGGACAAACUCCAGGGAAUGGCGAGCAUCUGCCUGAUUACAACUAUAGACUGCCAGGACAGGGAAAGAGGUCACAAAAGUCUUUUGACGACCGAGAGCCAGGUGUUGCAGUGAGAGGGGAGAUUCUUUUUGGAGUUCAUCCUAUUUCUCUGGCUCUGAGGGCAAACAAGAGAAAAGUGUACAAACUUUAUCUCAAACAAAAUACAACCUUCAGAGCAGAAGCAGAGAGGGUCAUACAGAUGGCAGACAAACUCUCUGUCCCCAUGACUUUUGUGGAUAAAGGCGUUCUGGAGAGGCUGAGUGGGUCCAGGCCAAACCAGGGAAUGUGUCUGGAUGUGUCACAGCUUCCUGUUCCCUGGGCUGAAGCUAAAGUCAGGGCUGAAUUAAAAGAGUCUAAAUGGAGAUACCCUCUCUGGCUGAUGCCAUACAAUGUACAGGACCCCAUGAAUUUUGGAGCCAUUCUCAGAACGUCUUAUUUCCUGGGUGUUGACAAAGUCCUAGCUCCACAGAAAGAGAGUUGUAGCUUGAGUCCAGUAGUGAGCAAGGCAAGUUCUGGAGCUUUGGAGGUUAUAAAUCUGACCAGGUAUAAAGAGGAGCAGGACAUGAUAGACACACUACAGGAGUGGAAGCAGGCAGGAGGUGAGGUGGUAGGUACCUCUACUGUAGCUACACAUGAUAUUCCAGUCACACCAAUACAAGAACUAGUGGUUGACAAGCCAGUUCUUCUCAUUGUUGGUAAUGAGGAGAAGGGUAUAAGUAGUACUCUACUAGAGAAGUGUGACCAGGCGGUGUACAUUCCCAGCUGUGACCCGCGGUUUAUCGGUUCACUGAAUGUGUCUGUCGCUACGGGAAUUAUUCUCCACCAUCUGGUGUCCCGCAAUGAAAAAAUGAACAAAGGAACAACAUGAUAAUUAAAAUGUUUUAUUUUGUGUAUAGUGUAUAUUGAUAUAUAUACUAGGUUUUCAUUUUGAUUUUGUGUGCGUUGUAAAUAUAUAUGGAAGAUCUGCAUAUUUUGUUUGACAUGUGUAUUGUAGAAUAUAUGUAUGAAGUUUUUCAUGUUUUAUUUGUUUACAUUGUUUAUAUGACUGUAUGGAAGUUGGUUUGCAAAUACUAGUAACCUGAAAGCUUCCCCUAUUCUACUUUCAAGGUUGUUUUUUCCACUUAAGUGAAUUUUAAGUAAUAAUUUAUCGUCAAUCUAAUUGUAUAGAAUGUUCAAGACUCCAUACUUUCUCUAUGCUACAUAAUGAUAUUUAAUUUACAUUGCAUAAAGUACACCUAAAAACAAA